AUGACAUCGAGACGGAUCAUCAAUCGGGAGCAGCGGCAGUGCUCGCAGAUUCGGCCGUUCCUCUACGUGUCCGGAUUGGCGGCGCUUUCGCCGAGAGUACUAUGUGAGUGGCUGCUGGAAACUAAUGAAAACUGGAGGGAAACGGGGCGAGGGGAGGCUAUAAAAAGGAAAAAGUUGAAGAUAAGUGACCAUAAAAGAGAAUGAAACGCGGAGCAGCAACAGAAGGAUAAUGUCUCUUGGUGGACAGGAAGUAGGCGAGAAGGGGAGCCGCACGUGCUCGUUUAUUGCCCAGACGAACAUGAGCUCCGUGAGCAUAUGGCUCUGCUCAUUUGUCCGUUCUUCCAGCCCGUUUCUGUGUUUGCAUCAAUCUGAUUCCCGGCUUCCGAUUGUCGGCGCCGCCGCACAUGAAAGUGGUUCACUUACCACUGCAAGACAACGAAACGACCGAUCUGACAGCCCAUUGGGCGAAUGUGUACAAGGUGAGUAAACGGCGAUUCGAAUGGAGGAGAAUUUAAUCGUCUGUCUCCAGGAAAUCGAGGAGGCGCGGAAGGGAGCCGGAAGGGCGCUGCUGCUCUGCGCGAUGGGCAUCUCGAGAUCCGCCACGUUUGCCAUCGCCUACGUGAUGCAGUACGAGAAGUAUGCGCUCGAGAACCUUAAAAUGCACUGAUUGAUCCCAAUUCCAGAAAAACCUUGCACGACUCCUACAAAGCGGUGCAACUGGCGCGAAACAUCGUGUGUCCGAACGUCGGCUUCUUCCAACAACUCAUUGAUCUCGAGCAGAAGGUACGUGAUUCCCAGAGCGAGAACCCAAGUGUCCCCCACUCCGUCACUCUCUGUCUGUUCAUUUGAUGAGCUCUCGUUUUGUGCUCCAACCAGUGUCGUCCCUUGCCUCAAUGGACUCUCCCAAUGGGACCAUUUAUCACCUAUUCCUGGGUGUGUCGCAUCUCCGCUCUAACCAGAAAACUUGCGACAGAAUAACCGAAUUGGGGGUGGAAGAAGAGACGAUUGUAUAGGAAUCGGUUGUGAGAGUGUUCUUGCAGCUCCGCGGAAAAGUGUCAUGCAAGAUCAUCGAGCCGUUGCCGGGGUGCAAAGUGCCGGACGUCAUCUGGCAAGAGCUGUAUGACGAGAUGAUGAUGAGCAUGACUCAGGACGACAGACACUCGCUCGCAUCCUGCAAUUUAUCGGUGAGUGAACGGAGAGAACCGAACGGAAAGAGAGCAAAUGUUUGCAGGCGAGAAGCACCACCAACGACACGAUGUCCCUCCGCUCGCUGAACAUGGUCAAUGACACCUCCAGGUGUUUAAACUUCCGAAAACCUUUCUAAGAGUUUCCGUCAUCUUCCAGAUCCCUGGCCUCGUUCCACCUGACCCAUCGUCCAAUCGGCGCUUCUCCCACCCUCCUCGUUCCUUCUUCUUCUUCCUCGUCGUCCAUCCGUGGUCCUGUUCCUCUCCAACGUGCUCAUACGGAACCUACAAAAGAGCAGACCAUCCUUCCGAAGAGCGCUCUUCGCGACAAGUCCAAAUCAGGAGAAAAGAAGAAGAAAUGGCGUCUCAGUUUUCAUAAGGACGUCGUCUAA